UGCAUCUCCACGUCAAGGUUGCGUCAAGCUUUACGCGUCCACAGUAGUAUAUCGUAUAUGUAUAAUUACAUCCCCCAACAUAUAUCAAGAAGCCAAAAUCGUUACACACGGAACUGAACGUUAAAUCUGUGACGUGUAUCCAAGGACAAUUCUCGUUUAACGUUCUUCGUCAUUGGCUGAAUAUGAAGUUAGAAUGUAACCCAAAUUUACUUGUUGACAUUUGGUAUAUCUCUACGCACGCAAAAGACCAAGGGUCAUUGCAUCGCCAAUAGCCUAACAGUCCAUUUACAGUCGAUUUAUAUCAAGCGGUGUGACAACUCAGUAACACCUCGCUCCAAGUGUACUAUUUAAUUGCUAUCCUAUGCUAACCUCAUCCUAAGUUAAUCCUCCCCUAUCCUAACCUUAUUCAAACCUAUUCUAACCUAUCCUAUCCUAUCGUAUCCUACCUUAUCCUAUCAUAUCCUAUUUUUUUCUAUACUCUCGUAUGCUAUCUCAUAAAAGCCUAUCCUAUUCUAUUUCCUCACAUCGCAUCCCAUCUCAUCCCAUCCCAUCUCAUCCUGUUCGUCCGUGGCCGGACGCGCAUCCGAGUGUGUUACUAGGCUGUUAGCGCACGUGUGGCGACAAUGGGCGGCACCGUAGCCAGCGCCUUCGCGCAGCUGCUGCAGUUUCUCGGUAGAAACAUCGUCAGCGUCGUGUUGGUCGUCAUCACGGCUCUCGUGUCGUCGUACUACGUGAAGCGACCGCGUGGAGCGCCGCCCGGACCCCGCGGCUGGCCCGUCGUCGGCUCCCUCGUCUCGCUGGCCGGCAAACAUGGGGGACGUUACCUCAAGCAGCUGAGUGAGCAGUACGGACCGAUAUUCAGCCUCUACAUGGGAUCACAGUUUACUGUUGUCGUCAACGAUGUGGAGCUAGCGAGGGAGGCAUUUCUCAACCAGGGCGAGCAUACGGCGGCGCGACCAUACCAUACCGCGCUGCGUCGCUACAUGGCAGACGAACGAGGGGAGAUGAAUGGAAUCGCGUUUAGCGAGGGAAAGCGUUGGAAGGAGCAUAGGAAGUUCGCGCUCAGCAAGCUGCGUGAGUUCGGCAUGGGGAAGGUCAGCAUAGAGAAGAAGAUCCAGGAUGAGGCGUCCGCCUGUCUCACACAUCUAAGCAACACCAAAGGGGAGGCGCUCAAUCCACAGGCUUUGCUCAGCAGUUGUGUGUUAAACGUGAUUGUCUCCAUCGCAUUCGGUGCUCGGUACGACUACGCCGACCCCGCCUUCCUCAGACUCAACGACCACAUCAACACCAUCUUCUACGAUAUCCGCAUGCAGGGCAUGCUUAACUUCUACCCUGCGCUGCGACACCUGCCGGUCUUCAGCCGCAUGCAGAAGGAACUGGACGCGGCGUACGAGAGGUUGACUACGGAGCUGCUAGGUAACAUAGCCGAGCACGAGGAGCAGGCGACGGAGGAUGAGGCAGACGUGAGAGACUACUUGGGCGCCUACCUGCUAGCGCAGCGGCAGCGGGCGGGGACGGAUUCAACAUUCACGCCUUUUCAGCUGCUCGUCUCCAUACGCGAUAUGUUUCUCGCCGGAUCGCACACCGUCAUGACGACGCUACGCUGGGGUCUGCUCUUCAUGCUCAAAUACCCUCACGUCCUGCGAAAAGUGCAGGCCGAGAUCGAUGACGUCAUCGGACGAGGGAGGCUACCCUGCACGGCGGACCAGGACAACAUGCCGUACACGCGUGCAGCAAUAGCCGAGGUGCAGAGAGUAGCGGACAUCGUGCCGCUGAGUCUGGCACACAGCACGACCGCCGAGAUACAGCUAGGAGGCUACGUCAUCCCCGCCGGUACGGCGAUCCUUGCUAACCUCACGGCCAUCCUCAACGACCCGAAACACUUCCCCGAACCGGAAAAGUUCCGCCCGGAGCGCCACCUGGACGAGCGUGGAGCCUUUGUGCAGAACGAAGCGCUGAUCCCGUUCUCCAUCGGUCGUCGCGUCUGUCUAGGAGAGGCUCUCGCGAGAGCGGAGCUGUUCAUAUUCUUCACAAGCAUUCUGCAGAACUUCGACAUCAGGCUACCAGAUGGCGUUACUGAGCCGUCGAUGGACGGGCUCUUCAGUCUCGUGUGGAGCGCCAAACCUUAUCUGUUGCAUUGCGUCGCUCGACAAUAAUCUAACAAUGAUAAGCCAGCGCCAGCGACUGUAAUAUACGAUAAGAGGCACUGGCCGAACGAGUGUUAACUUGUGAUUCAAGGGAGAGUUUACUCUAGGUUCUAGGGUUAUUUUCAGAUAAUUUAGGUUAUAA